UUGUAGCGACUGAUUAUGAUAUUCAGGAUGUCUGGUAAUAAGCAGUUCAAAACCAUUUUGAGAAAUUUAGUGGGUAAUGGGCCAAGAGAGCAGCUAGAGGAAUUCAUAUGUGAUAUGACCUGUGUAAGUGUAAAAUUAGUGCAAAAUUGAAUGGGAAACCCCACAAAUUUAGUUGGUUGGUUUGUUCAAAUAUAAUAAAGUAAACCCCCAAUGUGUUAUAAAGCUAGUUUUAGUUAGUUAGUUAAAUAAUAUAAUUAAUAUCAAUAUUGUUUUUACAUUAAAGUUGGGUGUGGGGAAACCUAACAGAUUUAUUUAUUUAUUUUUUAAUAUUUGGUGCAAAAUUCCAUGAAGUAAAACCCCUACAAACUUUUAAUAAAGUGAAACCCCACUUAGUUAAAUAAUAUCACUAAUGCCAAUAUUGUUUUUUUUAUAAAUAAAAAACCAGGAACAACAUUUAGUUAGUCGUUGAGGAGUUAUUUAUUUUUAUUUACUGGUGCAAUUUUUCAUAAAGGCAUUAAGCAAGCCCCACUGAGCUAGUUAGAUGCUAGUUAGUUGGUUCACAGACUAAACAUUGGGAAGGGGAAAUAUGAUUUAAUAAUAUAAACAACUCUCCAUACUGUAAUUUGUCAGCCUCUGACAGACUAAUAAAGCUCACACGUCAGCGCCACAUUACACACAUUCACACAGACCAUUUAAAUCUCCACUGGACUUCUGAAUAUUCUCAGAGUGUCACAGAGCCUAAACCCAACAGCAGAGAGAGAAGCACCUGGGAAGACUUGUCUACAUCUGGUUUGAUUGGAUCUCAAAUUUGGAGAACAUCAGCUGAUUUGAGAAGAUUAGGGUUAUCAUUUCAUCCAGAAAGGAAUCAAAGGAAUCAACGCAAUGAUCAUAGACGAAAGGAAAGAAACCAAACAGCUGCCAGUUAAAGACACCAGUGUCAAGCUGACAGGUCAAGAAAAGAAUCCAGAGGUUCAGCAUGGGGUCCAGCCCCGGGAGAAGCAGGUGAAUGGUGAUGGCCCCUUAGACUCCCCCACCAAUGACAAAACGGCGCGCACUAAGCUGGACUGGACAGUGCCCAUGUGUGUGCAUCUGCCCAUUGAAAUUCUGAGCCCUGACCAGGCAUUUCCAUUUCUGAACACCACACUUGCUGACCUGGGCAUCGACGAAUCAGCAGUGAAGGAACGUGUGGUGUGGGUGGACACUAAGCGCACACGGGUGAAGGGGAAGUCUGGGAAGCUGAAGAAGGAGAAGGAGGUGACCGUUCUGGAGGUGCGUGUGAAAGCGCAGCACCCUGGAGAGCGUCAGAGUCAAGAGAUUCUCUACAGCACUGAGUCCCACACCGAUCGCUCCUUCUGCAGAAGCGGGGUGGACAUCCUCCCGUGGAGACACACACAACCAGCUGAAAAUGAACUCCAGCCGGUGGAAAUGACUCUGGCCUUGGACACAGUGUCAGAGUCCAAAUGGCAGAAGACAGAAGAAAAACGAGACUUGCCAAGCGAGGAGUGAGCGGGAGACGUUUGACAGCUAGGCUAAAGCAAUCUAACACCUCAGAUGAUACAGAAGACUAUUCCCAUUUCAGGUUCUGGAUGUUUUAAACUUGUGCACAACAGUCUAAAUUUUAUGUGCUAUGCUGCAAGUGAUUAUAAUAAUAAGAAAUGUUUUCUGAGUACCAAAUCAGCAUAUUAGAAUGAUUUCUGAAGGAUCACGUGACACUGAAGACUGGAAUUAUAGGUGCGUUCACGCCACCUCGUAAUUCCUGUAAUUAUGAGAUUCUAGCUUGUAAAAAGUGUUCACGUCCUCGUAGAGCUCGUAAUUACAGCGUGUAGGAUGGGAGUUUUAGGAAAGCUCCCACGUGUACCACGUGGCCGCUGUACCACCUGACCGCUGUAGAUUCAUUUAGGCGUUGAUAGUGGUGCCAUAGAAACGCAUAAUUCCCAGUCCGAGGACGUGAACAGCUCUGAAUAUAACGUCACGUGUUGUCAUCUCAAGAUUCUGGUAAAUACGAGGUGGCGCGAACGCAGCAAAAGAUGCUGAAAAUUCAGCUCUGCAUCACAAGAAUAAAUUACAUUUUAAAAUAUAUUCAAAUAGAAAAUUUAAAAUUCUAAUGAUAUUUCACAAUAUUAAUGUUUUUACUGUAUUUUUUAUUAAAUAAAUGCAGCCUUUAAAACCAUUUUAAAAAUCUUACCGACCCCAAACCUUUGAAUGCUGUUUUGGUUUCAUUUGUUAUAAAAGGACAUGACUGAU